AUGUCAGGUUUUCGGGCCCGCUGGGCUGAGCUGAAGAAAGUAGGCUGGACUUCCAGACGCCCUGUUGGUCUGUCGGAUACCUUCACCUACAUAAAGCCGGGAAAGACCAAGAAGGACACUCAUGGCAUCGAUUAUUUUGUCGGCGAAGAGGAACUAAUGCGCCAUUUGGACCGCAUCGACCUUGGUAGGCCUCUUUUGCUCAUAUUCUGUAUGUAA